AUGACUUCAAUACCUAAGUUAAUGUUUCUAUUGUUUACUUUUCUUAUAAGUGGAAGUGUAUCAAGAUCAAUAGAAGAUGAAAAUGAACCUUUUCUCACAAACCCUAAAUACGUUAAAUACGAUGAAUUAGAAAAAUUAUUUGAGAAUUUAGAAGCAAGGUACCCGGAACUUGCUAGAGUGUAUUCGAUUGGAAAGUCUGUUGAAGGCCGCCGCCUGCUAGUAAUCCAGAUUACUUCAGAUGUUAAAAAAGCUCACCCAGAACGGCCCUCGUUCAAAUAUGUUGGAAAUAUGCAUGGAGAUGAAUCUGUUGGUCGAGAAUUGGUUGUAUUCUUAUCCCAGUACUUACUGCACAAUUACGGCAAAGACGGCAGGGUCUCAAAAUUAGUAAAUGAAACUGAUAUUCAUCUGAUGCCGUCCCUUAAUCCUGAUGGGUUUGAAGCUAGUAAGGAAGGUUCUUGCGAAUCGCUGAACGAUUAUAAAGGCAGGAACAACGCGAAAGGUGUGGACUUAAAUCGUAACUUCCCGGACCAGUUUGAUAAGAACAAGUCUACGGAUGACGAGUACCUGUUCCGUGGAAGGCAGCCGGAGACCGUGGCGCUGAUGAAAUGGGUCAUGAAUAAGCAGUUUACCCUAUCAGCUAAUUUACAUGGUGGCGCUAUAGUCGCCAGCUAUCCAUACGAUUCCAGUUUCGACGAGAAACGCGACUGCUGCGUUGAAAGUCGUACUCCAGAUGAUAAGAUAUUUAAGCACUUAGCCGGCGUAUACGCGUCCAAUAACCCGGACAUGAAUCGCGGGAACGCAUGCGAACCUGAGAAAUUUAACGAUGGCCUCACAAAUGGAGCUUUUUGGUAUUCUGUUAAAGGUGGAAUGCAAGACUUCAAUUACCUCCAUUCGAACUGUUUUGAAGUGACCUUUGAGUUAUCAUGCUGCAAGUAUCCAUUCGCAAGUGAACUACCUCGGUUCUGGAGAAAUAAUAAGGAAUCUCUCUUGGCUUAUAUGGAGCAGGCCAACCUAGGAGUUAGGGGAUUUGUUGUUGAUGAAAACGGAAAGCCCAUACAGAACGCCCAAAUAACAGUGGAAGGUAUCGAUCAUAUAGUGAAGACGACAAAAGACGGCGCGUAUUGGCGUCUUUUAUUGCCUGGGGAAUAUAAUAUUACUGCUGUUGCUAGUGGGUACUCGACCACACCGCCACUUGCCAUUCACGUGGUACAAGAUCACCCGAUUAUCCUGAACUUGACCGUUCACCGUCGCCCGCGCACGCUCACUGACGUCGUUAGGAGAACGCGUCAAAUCAGCGCUCUAUCUUCAAUAGACUUCAUCCACCACAACUACGAAGCAAUGGAGACGUUGCUGAAGGAUCUAGCCGUCGAGUAUCCAGAUAUAACUCGGCUCACAAGCAUCGGAAAAUCUGUGAAGGGAAGGGAAUUGUAUGUCCUUGAGAUUACAAAAGAUCCCGGGCAUCACAUACCUGGCAAACCGGAAUUUAAGUACGUGGCAAAUAUGCAUGGUAACGAGGUGGUUGGUCGCGAAAUGUUGUUACUCUUAGCGAAGUACCUCUGUCAACAGUACAAUAGUGGAGACGAGCGAAUUCAAAAGUUACUUAACACAACGAGAGUGCAUCUGAUGCCGUCCAUGAAUCCUGAUGGUUAUGAGCAUUCUAGAACGCGUGAUUACAGCAGUCUUCGUGGGCGCAACAAUGGUAAUAAUGUAGACUUGAAUAGAAAUUUCCCGGACCAGUACGGUCCAACGCCGGAUAACGUUGACCCUCAACCAGAAACUUUAGCAGUAAUGAACUGGUCAUUGUCAAUACCAUUCGUGCUAUCCGCUAAUCUUCACGGUGGAUUCCUCGUGGCCAAUUAUCCAUACGAUGGAAACACUAAAAUGAAAGAUGGAAUUGAAAGUUUGACACCUGACAAUGAUGUUUUUGUUCAUUUGGCACAUGUAUAUUCGGAGGCGCAUCACAAAAUGCAUUUGGGUCUGCCUUGCAGAGGAAGUAUUGACAGAUUUCCUGAUGGAGUAACUAAUGGUGCUAAGUGGUAUACGUUGGCCGGUGGAAUGCAAGACUGGAACUAUUUACAUACAAACGAUAUGGAGAUUACAUUAGAACUUGGAUGUUAUAAGUUCCCUCCAGCAAGCGAUUUGCCAAGCUAUUGGGAUGAUAAUCGAGAGGCUCUUAUCAAAUUUAUUGAACAGGUUCACUACGGCGUUCACGGCUUCGUACACAGUCACAUAGGUAACGCGCUUGGCAACGUCACAAUCACAGUGUCCGGGAAUAGACACAAUGUCAAAACAGCCACUUCAGGCGAUUACUACCGUCUCUUGGUACCUGGGACAUAUAAUAUUACUGCUACUAAGGACGGAUAUGAGAGCGUAACAGAAAAAGUGACAGUACCAGUAAAUGGAUCAAUUAGUGUGAACUUUACUCUGAUGCCGGAUGAUCCCCAACAUUGGUCAUCUGCUUACGACUUCCGAGUCCUAGAAAAUAUAGUGGGUACCCGAUACCAUACACCUUUGGAGAUGUACGCGGCGUUAGCAGAGCUAGAGAAUAAAUUCCCAGAUAUAGCUGAGUUCCAAUCGGGAGACAGCCUUACAACUGCAACUUUACACGAACUAAAGAUUACUGAUGAUGCUGGUUCCCCAGAAGAAACAAAAUUCCAUAUUGCUUUAAUAAGCAACCUUUACGGCUCUCAGCCUCUUGGUCAAGAAAUGCUUCUAAACUUCGCUCGCCACAUAUCUACAGCCUACACUAUAGGUGAACCGGUUCAUAAACGAUUGCUCAAAAACGCUGUUUUUCGUUUUAUACCAAAUUUAGACCCCCUGUACGAAAAAGUUCUGAUGAAUUACAACGGGACAGAACAGUGUGAUUUAGAAAUUCUGGAAGAAGAAUUCGGAGAUAGCGUCUACAGUUAUAUAACAAAGAAAAACUUGAAUCCACUAUCGAAUUACACGAGGGAAAAAGCCUUUAUUGACCUCUUGGAGAGCGAGAAAUUCGACCUGGUACUGGAAUUAUCCUCCGGCACGGAAGACGUUGCGUUCCCAGAUUUUUCUAAGAAUAUUCACAGCCAGUUUGCCGCGAAAUAUCGAGAUAAUAGGGCUCAGGUAGAUAGAUACAAUUGUAAACCAAGGAAUAAUAUUGUCCAUGGAAAUCUAAUUGAUGUGCUGUUUGAGAGAUAUAAUACGCCGGUGAUAUCUGUGGGUCUCAGUUGCUGUAAGAUGCCGUCGAAUGAAGAUAUUGCAUGGAUAUGGAGAGAUAAUCUAAGAGGAAUUAUGAAGUUUGCCGAAAUUGCUAAUACUGGUGUGGUUGGCUACGUAAAGAAUGAAGAUGGUGGGCCAGUCAGGGGUGCUAGUCUGGCCAUAGCCGGCACCUCUCGUCAGUAUCGGGUAUCUCCAAAUCUCGCAAGAUAUCGGGCUUUAUUACCACCCGGGGAUUACCGUGUCAUUGUGCGAUGCCAUCCCUACCGUGACCAGAUACUGAAUUGGCGGGUUGUAGAAGGUGUUAUUAAACAGAACGACGUAAUAAUGAAGAGGGUAGACUCGGAAGGAAUACCGAACGCGCUCAAGCCAAUACAUAUUGAAAUUAAUCCCGAUCAAGUUUAUAUUACAGGUCUUGCGUUAGACUACAACAGCCAACCUCUAUCCACAGAGCUAAAAGUGUAUACUCUUGAUUCGAAGCGCCCUCUAGUAGCCAAUACGAGUGACGACAGCGGCCGUUUCGUAAUUUCACUGCCUGUUACAUACAUGGGAAAAGAAGUACGAAUUAUGGCUGAAAGUGACGGAUAUAUUACUCUUAGUCGACAUAUUAAGGUGAGCAGUAGUGAGAAUAUUACACCAAACAUAUUGUUCAAACUGGAGCCCGACAACAAAGUGCUGGGGAUGCCUCGACUUGUCUUUGUAAUGGUUUCAGGUAUAAUCGGCGUUGGUCUAGUAACGCUAGGCGCUUGGUGCUACAGAUGUAGAGAACAGUCACAGGACUCGAGGCGAGAAUACUUAUUCACACAGUUACCGGCUGACGAUAAAAAGCCGUUGUUUGAUGAUAAUGCUUAUGAUAUAGUCCGCAAGCCGUACUAUGAUGAAGAGGAGAUACCACUAUCAGAAACGGACUCUGAAGAUGAAGUGGUUCUACUGAGGUCUGACUCAGAAUGGAGACCAAUAGGAAAGGAGUAA